AUGCGCAUGCAUGGGGGAGCUCCUCAAUUGCGAUUGUUAACAGCAAAGGUAAUUCUGGGCGGCCAGAUCCCGAUCCCGCAUUCCCGUCGCAACGUACACGCACAAACAGCGACACGAUGCACCACUGUUGCGAAAGGGACGGCCUUCGAGCACCGCUCGCUGCAAAUCCUCGCUCACGACUUGGCCAUGGAUCUCCACCGCGUAGGCGGCAAGGACGAUGGCGGAGUCGAUUUGAUAGGCUGGUGGAAGUUGCCCCGUUUUCCUUCAAACCCCACCUCUGCUACCUUCCCCGAGCGCAUCCGGGUUGUGGCCCAGUGCAAAGCUGAAAAGAAGAAGAUUGGCCCGAAAUAUAUACGCGAAUUGGAAGGUGUUCUACACGAACAUAUACACAUGGCGCGGCAUCCUAACUCACAGCAUGUCGAAGAAAACAUCUUAUUCAGCCCCAAGACUGGCGAUGUAGCUGCAUUGAACCCGGACGCGUCUUGGCAUCAAUUUCCCACCGUUGCCUUGUUCAUCAGUGAAUCGCCAUUCACCAAGUCCGCUAUUCUUCGCAUGCUGUCAUCAACUGUCCCUCUUCUCUUCCUCCAUAUUCCUCCUGCCCCCUCAGGCACCUCUUCUCACGAUUUAGGCAUUACCGAAGACUCCUCCAUAGGACAGCACUGGUAA